UGUUGGAAUCCCCAGCUUUCCCCCUCCAUUCCUGGAGUUGCUGGUCUGACUCGAAAUCUAGAGAAAUCUUUGGACUCUUGUCUCCACCACGAAGGGCCAAAAUCUUGGACAUAUAUCGUUUCAAGCCUCGGCCUCGCGCCGAUGGGCCCGCGUCUAAGGAUCCUCUUCUGCUUCCGUUUCCGCUUCUGCUUCUACAGUACACAGACUUCGUCGACGGGACCUCCAAGCCGGCCCCAAGCAACGAGAGAGCACUACACACUGAUCGGCGUCGCAACCUAUCCCUCCUGCUCCCACGAUGGACGGCAGAACGCGGUUUCUGCUGGCCGGUCUGGUCCUGGUGGUCUGCCUAGCCAGCCCCGCGCUCGCGUUCGGUGCCGGAAACAUCAGCAGCAAAUCAGCCAUCGAAGGAAUCAACUGGCGCCACGGCGACAUUGAGGAUGCCCUCCUCGGCAUUCUGAUGGCGCGAGCCAUGAACAAGAAGAACAAGAAAUUCAGCAAGUUGAUGGUUUCUAGGGUGUAUUUCGGCAACUGGCUGCGCGACUACUCCCAAGCUGUCGAUGUCGGCACCAUCAAGAGUGUGUCGUACGAGGCCAUCAGGCUUGUUGUCGCGAUCCUCGCCUUUAUGAACUUUGGCUUCGGCUCCAAGGAGUUCGAGGUCACGCCCGAGCGCCUUGGCUGCUACCGACCCGAAGAGCACAUCGAUAACCCCAAGGGAUACGCCGACGGCGACGAUGCGCGGCGGUACUGGCAUGGGCUGCGAGGCCCCAUCGACGAGGAGCUGGAGCUCGCCAUCGACGACGUGACGGGGAUGAAGAACUACAUCGGCAACGAGCGUGCUGGGAUCGCCAACUCGGCCAGUCUCUUGCGCAGCCUCCUCGGCGAGUGCAUCGAGCGCGGCCGCAGGCACGGACGGGAGGGCAACGAGGAGGACCUGUACGAGUGCCUGCGACUGAUGGGCACGGCGCUGCACUGCCUCGAGGACUUCUUCGCCCACUCCAACUACGUCGAGCUGGCGCUGAUAGAGCUGGGCGAGCGGGAGGUGUUCCCGCACGUCGGCCGGGACACGCGCAUGCGGCUCGAGGGCGCGCGCCGGCGCGUCUACCCGCUCGUGACCGGCAGCUUCGGCGAGGUCGACUUCUUGCACUCGGUCGCGGGCGAGGUGUCGGACAAGCUGAUGCAGAACGAGAUGCAGGAGCUGCAGGAGCACCUGCAGGACAACCAGAAGACGGACACGAGCCUGCUGCGAGCCCUGCUGGACAUGAUCCCCGACGGCCUGUUCGGCGGCGAGCACCAGAGCGACAAGAUGAGCGAGAUUCAGCAAAACUGCACCAACGCGCAGAUGGAGGGGCUGGACGUCAGGCCGCACCGCGAGCCCGAGGAGAUGACCAUCUGGGUCGGCAACAUCUUCCGCCAGGUCAUCCCGGUCAUCGAGUGGCACGACCGCAUCAUGAAGGCCAUCUCGGACGCGCUGCCGACCAUCCCCGUCAUCCCCAAGAUCAUCGAGCAGCUCGAGGACCAGCUCAACGCCUUUGUGCACGCGCAGAUCGCGCCCUUUGUCGUGCCCGUCCUCCAGCAGAUCCGGAACGAGAUGGGGGCCGGGUCCGAGGGCAUCAUCGAGAGCAGCAAGCAGAGCCAGCACAACGUGCUCGAGAACGACGACGAGACCAACCCGACCCACUCGAUGCUGUCCAAGGAUCACUUCACCAACCUGCUCAACGAGCCCGCCGGCAAGGCGGCCCACGAGAUGGUCAAGUGGGCGGUGCCGCACCUGAUGGAGGCCAUCGACAACGAGCGCGUCAGCGUGACCCGGACGCUCGACCGCAUCAUCUCGGGCGUCUUCCACCACCCGUGCCAGCGCGACAUGGGCGGCUCGGGCGCGUCCGAGGCGCGCAACAUCUUCUUCAGCUGCAUCGAGUCGUGGUGGAUGGAGAUGGAGCCCGAGAGGCAGGACGACUACCGCCGCCGCCUCAGCCGCGACGGCGUGCGCAACCACGAGAACCACAAGGAAGGAGAGUGGGACAGCGGCCACGGCCACGGCUGCCUCGGCAAGCUGGAGCAGCACACGCAGCACGGCGGCAAGAAGAAGAAGAAGGAUGAGACGUGGGAGGACAAGAUCGCCACCUCGGCCGCCAACGCCAUCGUGGCCGGCGUCACGGGUGCCGUCAGCGGCUUCAUCCCGCAGCAUGGGGGCGGCGGCGGCGGCGGCCAGAACGAGGGCGGCAUCGGUGGGGUUCUCGGCUCGAUCCUGGGCGGCGUGUUGGGCGACGGCAAGAAGGGCUCCUCCCAGGAUGGUCGCGGAACCGAAGACAGCGGCGGAAGCAACGAGGCCACGUCCCCCCACGGAUAUCAAAGCUACGGCGGCUCGUCCUCGUACAACCGGCCGAGCAGCAGGCAGGACCAGUACCUGUCCGCCGACAGCCGCCCAGAGCACUCGUACGGGUCUUCGUCUCGACCGAGCUCUUCUCAUCAUCGACCUACAUCAUCACACCGGCCAACAUCCUCGCACUCGCACAGGCCAAGUUCCUCGCAUCGGCCAUCUGACGGCCACGCAGACAGUUUCUAUGGCCAAAGCUCGAGCACCAGCGGUGGCUACGGAGGGUCUGACCAGUCUUACAGGCGCGGCGAGUCUCAGCAGAGCAGCUAUGGCGGUGGCGACUACGGCGGCCAACAGCAGCAGCAUCAUUAUAGUAGCCACGGAGGCCAGCAGCAAUACGGCAGCAGCUAUGGCGGCCAGCAGCAGCAGUAUGACGGUGGCUACCAGCAGGGCGGCGGCGGGUACUACGGCUCGCAGCAGCAGAGCAGCGAGGAGGAUCCGCUCGCCUACGGCACGUACAACCCUGGGGGCCACGAGGGUAGCCAUGGGGACCACCAGCAGUCCAGUGGAUAUGGCUACCAAGGCAGCCCCAACCCGGGAGGGUAUCCUGGUCAUGGCCAUCAUGGGCACUCGGGAGGUUCAGGCGGCUACGGGAACGGCCAUGGAGGGCCGAAUUUUGGGGGGUGGUAGGUAUAAAGCGGGAACGGGAGAAGGCAAAUGCUCGUAUGGUCCACGGGGCAAAGUAGAGAAAAUAUUACAAAUUGAAAGAACCCAAGUACAAGGAAAGCGG